AUGCCAAAAAUCACCUUCACUCCAUGGCGAGACUCAUCCGAGCUGCUGAAUAUCCGAGCACAGUUCUACCCGCCGUCGCCGGCAGAGUCGGAUUUGCGGGCGAAUGCCUGUCGUACUGUCGAAGCAUGGAAACUGCGUAACCAUCUCCCCCACGCAGUCGAAGCAACUGCCCUUCUCACAGACGCAAUCCUACACGACGACGCCGCGCACAACUCGGUGUUUUCGAUUCGCGCGACUUAUGCGGCUGCAUUUUGCCGGUUUGUCACCGGCCUUGUAGACUCCAAACUCGGCGGCCAGCGACGCACCAUGUUCCAGCGCGCGCUCGACCUCGGUCUUCCAGCGUCGUUUGUUGAGCUGCGCCACGAGGCUACACAUCGCGAGCUGCCGUCGCUGGUUGUGUUGCGAGGAGCCGUGCAUCGGUCACUGGAGUGGCUGUGGGGGUAUUACUGGGGGCGCAUUGAUGUUGCUGUAGCUUCUGCCUCUGCUGGUGGUCAUUUGAAUAAUCGAAUCAGAGAUACGCUGCGGCAAGUAUCACAGCAGCAGCAGCAACACGGCUCAGCGAAUCCGCCAAAGAGAAAGGCAAAAGCGCAAGCUGUGGCUGCUGCAGCGCAGUCUCUAGCCGGCAUUUGCCAGCAGGAGCCCGAGGGGACACUGCUGCUAUCAAGGGCGUUAUUGGAAGAGGAUAUGCUAAAGUCACGACAGCCUGGCGCUUCGAUGGACAGCUCAUUCUCAACGUGGGACGUCUUGUUACAGACCAUAGCCGACACCCAUCCGCCGUUUCUCACUACUCUCACUGAAGAAAUGGCCAUGGAUUUAGGCCACUCAACCGAGCCAGAGACAGUCUUCCUCUGGCUGCGCCAUAUCCUCGAGUCUGGUACGUGGGCGCCACAGAGACCGCGGAUACCAGUCUCGUAUCUACGUGCGAUUUGCCGCGAGAUGCCGAAUGACUGGACCGCCAGGCUGGAGGAACAAACACUCGCAAAACUAUCGUCUCUCUCUACUAGUACUAAUACUGAUGACGCAGCGGAUCUCGAUUCAGCGGUGGAUCUUGAUGUCUAUGUCGACGACGGCUGGGACGCGCUGGAAGCGUAUGGAUGGGGUUCUGCAAGGAAUUGGAGUGUUCGGCCUAUUGGGGUUACUCAGACUCAGACCCGCAAGAUGCAUAUCCGCGCGAUUCCGAUGUGGACUGGCACGAGCAACAAUUAUGCUUACCUAGUCACCGACGAGCCGACAAAACAGUCUGCAAUUAUCGAUCCGGCGCACCCGGAGGAAGUUGUGCCGGUCUUGACAGCAGAGAAGGAUGCUGGCAGUAUCAAGCUGAGUGCGAUUAUUAAUACUCACCAUCACUGGGACCACGCUGGUGGAAAUGACGGAGUUCUCAAAGCCCUCGGCCAACUGACCGUCAUUGGCGGCAAGGACUGUCAGUCCGUCACCAAGACGCCUGCCCACGGCGAGACGUGGAAGCUCGGCGAUCGCAUCACUAUCAAAGCGCUGCACACGCCGUGCCAUACGCAGGAUAGUAUAUGCUAUUUCCUCGAGGAUGGGAAUCAGCGUGCUGUCUUUACGGGUGACACGCUUUUCACGGGCGGCUGUGGACGGUUUUUCGAAGGCAACGCUGCCGAAAUGAACAAGGCUCUGAACGAGACCCUUGCAGCGCUCCCAAAUGACACCAAAGUCUAUAGCGGCCACGAAUAUACAAAGUCCAACGUCAAGUUCCUCCUGACAGUGUCCAACGCCGCCGCGAUCCAGAAACUCGCCAAGUUUGCGGAUGAAAAUAAAAACACGCAGGGUAUUCUGACUAUUGGGGAUGAAAAGGCCUACAAUGUCUUUAUGAUGCUCGACCACCCCGAUGUCCUCAAGGCAACCGGAAAGACAGACCCGGUGGAAGUGAUAGCUGCGUUGCGAGAGCUGAAAAACGCCAUGUAACACCAACAUAAUACUAUAUCAAUUGAUACAAUGUCAGACCCUGCCGGCUCUCCGCUCACCACCAAAAGCCGCGUGCUCGAAACAGCUGCCGGCGCAAUCCAAGACUUCAGUCCCGUAAAGCAGAUCUGCGCCUAUCUCAAUGCCUUUCACGUGUAUGCGAAUGAUCCAACGCGCGCCGUAGAAGCCAAUCAUUACUGUUCCCACAUCACCGAGGAUAUCCGGCAAUGCCUCAUCUACGACUCCAACUCCGCGAAGGCCCGGCUCAUCGGCAUCGAAUACAUGAUCACUCCGAAACUAUACGCAACUCUCGACCCAGCCGAGCGCAGACUCUGGCACUCGCACAUCUACGAGGUGAAAAGCGGCAUGCUCAUCAUGCCCUCACCUGCAGGAACGCCCGACACAGUCUGGCAGGCCGCGGAGACGAGCGAGAUGCGUGAUAUUAUCGGGUUGUAUGGCAAAACAUAUCAUCUGUGGCAGCCGGAUCGCGGGGACACGGUGCCGUUGGGGGAGCCCCAGUUGAUGGCUAGUUUUACGUCCGAUGGCGAUGUUGCCAAAGUGCAAAGAAAUGGUGGGAUCAAGGAGUUUUUGCAGGAUAGGGAUGUGAGGUUUGGCGUGAGUACUGAGAAAAAGGCCAAGGCGAGAGCGGACAUUGAGGAGCCGGAGAAACAUCCUGAUGCGGAUGCAAUGCUGUCCAAGAGAUAA